CCCCCCCGGCCCCGCUGCCCUAACGCCGGCGUUCCGGGAGGUGACGCGGGGAGGUUCCGCCUCCCACCGCCGCUCGCCCCGCCGUGCGGCCCCGAGGGAGGCGGCGGUGAGUGGCGGAAGGAGCCAGCCCUCGCCGACUGCCCCCAGAGAGCGGGGUUGCUCAGGCAAGAACGUGACAGGAAAACAGCAUCUUUGCCACAUAACAUCAGGAACCCACCAGUGUUAAAUGUUACAAAGCAUGGAAGACCCUAAUUAGCCCGGUGUGGUGGGGUGCUCUUGCACAACACCCUGUUUUACCUCUGAGCGUUCAUGUUUUCCUGUGAGUUUUCACAGACUUAGAGGAUCAAGGCAUGUAACGGGGGAGUAUCCGGUCCUCGCUGCCUUGGCCAAGCCAGGAAGAGCCUCCAGCCUGCAUGGACAGGGCAACAUUUGCCUGCUCCACCGCCUUUUUUCGUGAUUACAGCAGUUCGUCUCAGAGCGCGUUCUGCCUCCCCGCGGGACACGUUGACUUUAUUGAUAAAGUAGAAUCGUUCACGUACUCAGACUUUUUCCGCGAUUACCUGAUUCCCAACCACCCCUGUAUUUUCUCAGCAAAAUUUACUGAUGGCUGGGGCAGCAGGAGAAAUUGGGUUACGUGGGAUGGAAAGCCUGAUUUUGAUCAUCUGCUGCAGAAGUUUGGAGACGCUAUAGUACCUGUUGCCAACUGUGAUGUCAAGGAGUACAAUUCGAACCCAAAGGAGCAGCUCCCCUUCAAGGAGUACAUAAAUUACUGGAAAGAGUACAUUAAAAAUGACUACCGCUCAUCCCGAGGGUGCCUUUACCUAAAGGACUGGCACCUGGGCAGAGCUUUCCCAGAGCAAGAUGUUUAUACAACGCCCGUGUAUUUCUCAUCCGACUGGCUGAAUGAGUACUGGGAUGCUAUAGCUGUGGACGACUACCGGUUUGUCUACAUGGGACCUAAAGGUUCAUGGACUCCAUUCCAUGCUGAUGUCUUCCGUUCCUAUAGCUGGUCAGCCAAUAUAUGUGGGAGGAAGAAAUGGCUGCUCUACCCACCAGGUCAGGAGGACUACCUGAAAGACCGCCACGGCAACUUGCCCUUCGAUGUCACUGCACCUGGUCUUCAGGACAAGAGUGUUUACCCUCGCUACAACCAAAGCCAACCCCCUGUAGAAAUCGUGCAGGAAGCAGGGGAGAUAGUCUUCAUCCCCAGUGGAUGGCACCAUCAAGUUUACAACCUGGAGGAUACCAUCUCCAUUAACCACAACUGGGUGAACGGCUGCAACGUAGCUAUAAUGUGGUGCUUCCUGCAGGAUGAAUUAGCAGCUGUCCAGCGGGAAAUCAAUGAGUGGAAGGACCCUAUGGAUGAUUGGCACUUGCAAUGUCAGCUGAUCAUGAAAUCUUGUACGGGUAUAGACUACAAGGAGUUCUACAACUUCCUCAAAGUUAUUGCAGAGAACAGGAUUUCUAUCUUGGAAAAUGGCCUCGAUGAUGAAGCUUCAGCAAAAAACACUCCAAAAGCUGCCAUUUCCACCUUGGGCAUGCUCCAUGCAGUGUUUGAUUUAAAGAGGACUGUGAAGGUGUUAACAUCAUUGAGUGCUAAUGAAGAUUUCAAGAAACUAGACCUGACGUCACUUUCUCCACCUCCGGAGGCAUUGCUCCACCACUUGAAAGCAGCAAUAGAUACAGCGCUACUCUAACUUCCUAUUUAUUCAGUUCUUUGUAAAAUGAACCUUUUGCAAAAUGGGUGUUUGUAGAAGAAUGACUCCUCCCUGUGUAAUAGCUGUUGCAGUUUAAGUCCAAAGAGCCUUAAUAUAGAGUGGGGAGAGAGUACAUUCAUGAGAUGACUGAGAACUUUUUUAAACUGACAGCAGUUAAGCAUCUAGAAUAACUAGGGGGAAAAAAAAAAGAUAAUGGGAAAAAAAAAUCAUGUUAUUAUUGUAGAGUCUGAUAAAUUGAGCCCUGCUGGAAGAGGAACAGAAAUUGUGGAGCAAGCUUCAGUCUGACAGGGCUGAACACUGAGACUGCAGUGGUCUGCACCAUGUUCCCUCUGCUUCUGAAAGCACAGCAUACUGAGAACUAACCUGCACUGCAGACUCCAGCAGUUAAGCUCUGCUUUGAAUGGUCACAGUGAAAUUAUUUUAAGACCUGCCCUGCCUCCAGGUGUCGCUUGGGCUUCUUAAUGUUAGAGGACCCCAGUUAGUUAGCUCCCCUUUAAGCCUGAGCUGGCUCCACAGCUGCAGCCUGGCUGUGGAAGAGCUGACUGUACUAGUUUCUUACACACUGGUGUCUCUCUAAAGCUGAAAGCCUCAGGUAGAACCAGCCUUCGUUCUGCUGCAGGGCCUGCAGGACUAAUUUUAACAUACCAGGAAGAUGUCCUGCUAGCAAAUCUACCACUAAUAAUUUAAUCGUGCGAUCCACCCAAGCUCAAAAGAAGUUUGAAUAUACUCUCUCAUUUCUACACACUAUUUCAAGGCACAGUAUUUCAUCAAGUAGAGACUUGAUUAAUCAGGGAAGCUAGCAAGUAGCCUAAUAUUAUCUCCUAAGAAAAAAAGCCAUGCUUUUAACACUCCAGAUAGCACUACUGCAUGGUUACAGAGCACAAUUUGCAACCUAUAUGCUACCCUCAGGCUAAAGAGCAUUUCCAGUGCAGCAUCUCUCUUGCUUUUACUGGUUGCCAAGAAAGCCUAGAAGCACAAAUGGCUGCACACUGUUACCUUAGUUGCCCUUUUAGGGCUCACUUGAAUUCCUGGUCAAGAACUUCCUGAAUUUUUAACCAGAGUUGACCAGUAAGAGCAACUAAUAAACUUAUGUUUAGACAGUGCAAUAGUAGGAGUCAUCAAUAGGCUGAAAAAAUCUCAACGUUUUCUAGAUAAUCCUGUGGAGUUUGUACAUGCAUGCAUUCUGCAUGUGCUAUUUUGUAGUAGAAGUUAAGCAUUUUGAGUAGGAAAUGGUACCUGAAAAUAAAAUCAAUACCUAGAGCAUGGAAGAACACAGUAUGGAGAAAAUACUUUGUUAUUGUUUUUAAACAGCUGUGACUACAUCUCUGUGAUUCAUCCUUCUGGCAGGGUAUUUCUUUGGACUGAAAAAGUGCCAGUUCUAAGCAACUCUGAAAUUAAAAGUUCACAGCUGUCACUUAUGGUUGUUUACAUUCUCAAAUGUAGGCAGCUGGAGCUUUUCUUCCUUACAAGAAUAAGGUGAGAUUUCACAGAGACAAGAAACAAUGCUUUAAAGGUGAUAAUCAGGGUGCUGGUAGGAAAGCACGUGUUUGGUUUUGUAUUCCCCAGUCUCACUGCAUGCUGUGUUAACUGGUAUUGGCACCGACCACUUUAUAAAAUUGCAGUGAAUUCCAUGGGCGCUUAAAGGGCUUGCUUAGGUGAACAAUACUUUUCAUUUCAUGUCAAUGCAAGUCUAACUUUUACGCUGAGAACCCAGUAUCAGUUUAGGCACUGUGCUGUCCAGCAGACUUCAUCCACAUUUCUGCAGGGAAAAGUAGCACAAAGGUUGGCUUUAUUGGUUCAGUCUCUUAUAAUUACAUUAGGUAUCUUGUAUUUCAAAUUCUUCCAUUCCCGUGAAAGUCAGCAAGCAAGCCAUGUAUUUUGUAAAGUUAAAGGAAAGGAAAUUCUCACAAGAGUCUGAAAACAGCAACAAGGUUGAAAUAAGUAUACAAACCUGGAAUCUCUCUUAAAAAUGAAACAACUUUAUUUAUUUAAAUACAGUUACUGUAAAACAUACAUUAGGAUACUCUCAUACCAAUAUAUUAACCAUUGUAACCAGUGUACUAUUUAUUAAAGCAUAAUAGUUAUGACAAACAGGAGGAAA